UUUAAGAUUUGAUUCUGAUUUUCCCCACACGCUCUGUUUGAAUCGGCCUUCACCCAAAUUUGUUGCAUGUGUUUUUGAAUGGAUUGCCACUUCUUAGUGUAUGGUUUAAAUACUUAGUUCUGAAAUUUCCUAAAUGCUGCUUAAUGAAUUAUUUCACGCUCCACUGGCCGGGUCUGGAGAGCAGGGGAACUCGCUGUUCCCACCUCCUGUGACAGUCUUCCAAAGGCGGAUCGGGUCACACAGGCUCGUUUCGCCAAAGUGACGCAAGUUGAGGUGCAACUUAAAUGAAGCAGCGGGGGGAAUGUGGUCUGAGCUGCAGAGAAAAAGCCAGCAGCAUGUUAACAGCCCGGUCCAGAGACAGAGGCACGGUCUGACAGCGCGUCCUAACAUCCAGCAGCAGCAGCAGCUCCCUGUGAAAAUGAAUGAGAUCAAAUUGGCAGUGUUAGGAACUGAUGGAGUUGGGAAAUCCGCUCUCAUUGUUCGGUUUCUGACCAAGCGGUUUAUCGGCGAAUAUGCUUCCAAUUCCGAGUGCAUCUAUAAAAAACGAUUAAGCAUAGAUGGAAGACCAAUUAAUUUAGAAAUAUUUGACCCUUGUUCCCAACAUUCUGAUAGUAAAUCCUCGUUGAUUGAUCAAGUAAACUGGGCUGAUGGUUUUGUUGUGGUGUACGAUAUCGGUGACCGGUCCUCCUUUGUGUCUGCGAAAGCACUUAUUAGACGAAUUCGUGAACUAAGUAGUGAAAUUUGCAAGCGGGAAGUUACGUCAGUGAUAUUUCUAGUUGGCAACAAACAAGACUUGUGCCAUGUGAGAGAGGUGAGAGAGGAGGAAGGACUGCUCUUAGCUGGAGAAAACAAAUGUCACUUUUAUGAACUUUCAGCGGCUGAGCACCACCAGGAAGUGGCAAUAAUGUUUGCAAAGGCAAUCAGGAAUGCAAGCGGGAGCCGCAGGAGAAGACCAAGUGGUUCAAAAUCAAUGGCUAAGUUAAUUAAUAAUGUAUUUGGUAAAAGAAGGAAAUCUGUGUAGCAUGACACAAGCUUCUUCAUACUGAUGUAUAUUGUAUGCUCAAUAAUAUCCGGUAUUUCAUUUUUCCCUAAUCACAAUUUGUAUUAAAGUUAAUUGAUUCAGAUUGACAGAGAAGGAAACCCGGAAUGUUACAACCAAUUGAAUGUUACAUUAACAGUUGAAAAACACCCGACUUAAUGGGGUAGGUCUGAUGGAGUCUUCUGACACAAAUCAGUGAGUAGAGAAUCAUUCAUUCAUGCUGCAAAUGGGGCAUACGGAUUCUCUGCUCAAAAGCCUAACAUUCACUCCCAACAUGUAAAGCAUUUGUUAGAGGUGCUAAUUUGUAACCUAUCUUCAAAUGUAAUAUACUGAUCCUUUGUCGGUAAGUUUCUAAUACAUAUUGGUACUUUAUAUCAAAUAAACUACAUGUGCAAUCAAAUAUAAAAAUGUAUUAUAUUUUGAUUACUAUUUAAGUGUACAUCAUUUCGUGGAAGAUCACCAAUAAAUCUUAAGCUUGACACAUGCAAAACAAAAACCUUUUAUACUUACAACUCACAUUUUUUCAAGAUGAAACUUCACUUUUCUGUCACACUUGAACGAUAUUAGCAGCAUGUGUUGGGUACAUUGUAAAUGUACUAAUGUAAAACUUUAUGUCACAACAGAUGUAAAUAUGUGAAACUUCUGUAAAUCACAAAUAAUACUCAGAUCAUAUUGUCCAGGUUUAUGGAAAUGAAGAACUUUGCCAAUUCCACAGUGUAUUGGUUUAUAUUUCUUUUUAUAUUUCUAUUGUUUUCAGUGUCUAUAAUUAAACCUUUACACUAUCAA